AUGAAUUAAUUGUAUAAGCUUACACCUCAAGAGUUGGCAAUUAGAAAGGACAUUGUUGUGCUUAGUGAUAAAGGAUUGCGAUUCAGGGAAGAGAUUAAAUCGUAAGGUCAAUUCGAUUUAGAUGAUUUCCAUUUGCCUCAAAGUAAUUCUGCCAUUUUAGGGGUCUAGUCAAUUCAUAGAAAGAUAAGCCAUAUACAAGAAGGUCUGUGCUCCAAGGAGAGAAACCAGUUGAACUGCUGCUUGCUGAUUUGAAGAAAGAAUUAAAUGUCAGUAGACCAUAUAUGGAGAAAGCUUUGGAGAAAAUGACAGCCAAGAUAACUUAAGAGAAGCCAUCUGCAGCUAUAAACAAUAAAUUGCAAAAACUAUAUUAAGAACUCGAUAGACAUACCCGAUUGUUAGAGAAGAAGAAAGUGAAGUUUCAAAAGAAGCCAAUUGAGUAGUAGAUGUAGGAUCAAACUUCAAUUUUGGAAGAGUCAGAAUUUCAAGAUAAAGUGGCAUCUCUUAAUGCUUUAGAAGCAAGAAUAUGGAGAAUGCAAUAAAACUAUUAAAAUGAAAUAUAAAUCCGAGAGGACACUUUGAAAGUAGAUAUAACUAUCUUACUUGUAGAAAGUUAAGCAGAACCUAAAUUCGAUGAGGAUUUAAAAGGAGGCUGAAAUUGAAUAGGUUCCAGUCCCUGUUUAAGUGGAGCAGCUUUAAUAAUCUUAAUAUCUGGAUAGGAAGUCAACUAGGCUUAAGGAUUAUUAAAAAUAUAAAUUUGAAGUAACCAAAGUUAGUAUUUAUAGAAAAACUGGAAUAGACAGCCUCCUCCAACCUAUACUUCUAAGUAAGCAUUGAUUGAGGAAGAAAGGAAAAGAUAACUACAAUAAAUAAAAGAAUAAUAAGAAUAUGAGUAAGAGUUGUUACGAAGGAAUGGACAUGCAAACAAUAACAUAGUGUCUAAUCAUACUGAUCAUGAAUAAUGA